AGCAACCCUCUCGACGCCUUCAGCAUCUCCCUGUUUCCCCCAAUACAACUUGAACUACCAUGGAUGAAGAGUACGAUGUCGUAGUCUUGGGUACCGGGUUGACCGAAUGUAUCUUGUCGGGUCUCUUGUCGGUCGAGGGGAAGAAGGUCCUUCAUAUGGACAGGAACGAUUACUAUGGAGGCGAGAGUGCCAGCUUGAACUUGACUCAGCUCUACCGCAAGUUCAGACCCGAUCAGACCCCUCCGACUGAACUGGGUCGUGACCGCGACUACGCCAUCGAUCUUGUCCCCAAGUUCAUUAUUGCAUCGGGUGAAUUGACGAAGAUCCUUGUGCAUACUGAGGUCACAAGAUACCUUGAGUUCAAGCAGAUUGCUGGCAGCUUCGUCUACCGCGAUGGCAAGAUCUCCAAGGUGCCUAGUAACGAGAUGGAGGCCGUCAAGAGCCCUUUAAUGGGUCUCUUCGAGAAACGCAGGGCCAAGAAGUUUUUUGAGUUCCUUCAGGGCUGGAAAGACGAAGAUCCCGCGACACACCAGGGCAUUAAUCUUGACAGGGAUACUAUGAAGACUGUUUACGAGAAAUUUGGGCUCGAGCAGGGCACUCAAGACUUCAUCGGCCAUGCCAUGGCUCUGUACCUUGACGAUGACUAUAUCAACAAGCCGGCUCGGCCAACCUACGAGCGUAUCGUCCUUUACACGUCUUCCAUGGCUCGCUAUGGAAAGUCGCCCUACAUCUACCCCCUGUAUGGUCUCGGAGAGUUGCCUCAAGCAUUUGCGCGCCUCUCUGCCAUCUAUGGUGGUACUUACAUGCUUGAUAAGCCCAUCGACGAGAUUGUCACCGACGCAAAUGGUAAAUUCGUCGGCGUACGCAGCGGGAACGAGACUGUCAAGGCUAAGCAGGUCGUCGGCGACCCCAGCUACUUUGGUGCUGGGAAGACCGACAGCGGGAAGGUCAGGGUUGUGGAGGAGGGCAAGGUCAUCCGGGCGAUUUGCCUCUUGAAACACCCUAUCCCUGGUACAGACGACUCGGACAGUUGCCAGAUCAUCAUUCCUCAGAACCAAGUUGGUCGCAAGAAUGAUAUCUACAUUGCGAUGGUCUCGUCCACCCACAAUGUUUGCGCCAAGGAUGUCUACGUAGCCAUCGUCAGCACCAUUGUCGAAACGAGUGUGCCGGAGAAGGAGAUACUUCCGGCCCUUCAGCUGCUUGGCCCUAUCCAUGACAAAUUCGUCUCUGUUUCUAACCUGUACACCCCGACCGCGGACGGUAAAUCCGACAACAUCUUCAUUACGAAAUCUUACGACGCGACAUCGCACUUCGAGACUGUCGUGGAGGACGUCCAGGAUGUGUGGAAGAGGAUGGUUGGCAGUGACCUUGUCCUCAAGAAGAGGGAGAUCGAGGGCGUCCAGGAGUAAAGCCUUUAUCCACUCAUCUGCAUUCAUUUCUUUCGUUCGGCCUUUUAAUCCUUCAGGUUCUCAGUGUGCAAUGUCUUGGAUCUAGCAGCUAUCAAACAACCUUUGUAUUACAUCUCGCUACAGCAGCAUGAAAUAAUAGAACGGAAUUAUGGGAUUACGACUACGGUUACUACUAGCAUAUGCUAUUCCGUACUCCCCAGUCUAAAAUACCGCGCGCACGUCAAAAAAAGGCGUUCAUAUCGAACUCUGGUACUUUGACAUCCUUCUUGGCUGAUUUCAUCAAGUUUCCCAGGCCUGCUUUGCGAGCGAGGAAGUCCGGUUCUUCUUUCAUCUCUUCCUUCUCCGGUAUGGGUAGAGUCGCGCCGCCCCUACGCUCUGGAGAAGCUGAGCGAGUCGGUGCAGCAGAAGGGAUGUCCAUGUCGAUCAUGAUUGAUGACGUUCUUCGCAAUGCAGGUUCCAGAGGGAAGAGGGAGCGGCGAGACGCGGUGGGACUUGGUGGUAGUACCUUCUCACCUGGCAUAUCUUCGUGCACUGCUGUUGAAGGUCGGGCGAACGACCAUGUCUGCAGUAGGUUCAGUGCCAGGACGUGACAACCUAAUCUGCAGAAUACUCGCGCGACUUGCAGGACAAAGUUGAAUUCCAUCUGGCCUGAGAUUUCGCUGGUCCCCUUGGCAGUUUGUAAAGUCUUUAGCUUUAGCUGCGAGAACAGAAGUGCCAGGCUCGGAUCGUCGUAAUGAGGCUCUCCGACCUCAGUGCUCUGACUAUUGAAUGCUGUAGCGGUAUCCCUGAGAGGCGCCACCAGUAUUCUGACAGCGAAGUCCCGUCUAUGCAGUAACCAGAAUGCCCAACUACCCAACCACCGGUUACCAUCCUUGAAGGCCAAAGGGAUAACCGUGUUUUCAAGUACGUCUCGUAGGACAGGGCCACGGUCUCCC